GUUUUGUAGUUCUGAGGUUGAAACGGAUUGCGAAUAAAGUGACAAACAGAAGACGUUUAUAAAAUUUGUGUAGUUGUGCGUACAAGCGCAUGCGGUAUUCAACAUAUUGAAGAAAAUUAAUUUUGAUUUCUUGUAAAACCGGUGAAAAUUUUGAGAUGGCCGGUGCAAUGCUGUUCGAACGUGCACAAGCAGUUUCAAUGACUAAUCGUAGCGAGGGUAUUUCACUUUUAAGUGAAAUCGUCUCCGACCCAAGUAUCGGUGUGACGGAGAAUGAUGAAGAUAAUAUUCGAGUGAAGGAGCAAGGUAUUUUACACCUUGGUGAACUUUACAAAAAAGAAGGCAAGGCAAAAGAGUUGGCAGAGUUGAUUAAAGCUACCAGACCGUUUCUUAGUUUGAUUAGCAAAGCAAAAGCUGCCAAACUCGUACGGUCCUUAGUAGACUUUUUCUUGGAUCUGGAAGCUGGUAUCGGCAUUGAGGUUCAACUAUGCAAAGAAUGUAUAGAAUGGGCAAAAGAAGAACGUAGGACAUUUUUGAGGCAGUCAUUAGAAGCACGUUUAAUAGCAUUAUAUUUCGAUACUGGUAUGUACAGCGAAGCAUUACAGUUGGGAUCGGCUUUACUUAAAGAACUUAAGAAACUGGAUGAUAAACAACUUUUGGUUGAGGUACAAUUAUUGGAAAGCAAAACCUAUCAUGCACUGAGUAAUUUAGCAAAAGCAAGGGCAGCUCUUACCAGUGCUAGAACAACUGCUAACGCAAUUUAUUGUCCACCUAAAAUGCAAGCUGCUUUAGAUUUACAAUCAGGAAUAUUACAUGCUGCGGAUGAAAGAGAUUUUAAAACUGCUUAUUCAUAUUUUUAUGAAGCAUUUGAGGGAUAUGAUAGCGUAGAAAGCCCAAAGGCCUUAACAGCUUUGAAAUAUAUGUUACUUUCAAAAAUUAUGUUACGUACACCUGAAGAUGUUCAAUCAAUUAUGUCAGGGAAAUUAGCUGUUAAAUAUGCAGGAAGGGAUUUAGACGCAAUGCGGGCAGUUGCCGAAGCGAGCCACCGACGUUCAUUAGCAGACUUUCAGACAGCUGUUAAAAAAUAUCGCCAAGAACUUGAGGAUGACGUAAUUGUGCGUGCUCAUCUCGGCUCUCUCUACGAUGCGAUGCUUGAACAAAACUUAUGUCGUUUAGUUGAACCUUAUUCCCGCGUACAGGUCAGUCAUAUCGCAACCUCUAUAUCACUACCACUUGCUCAAGUGGAGAAGAAGCUUUCACAAAUGAUAUUGGAUAAAAAACUAAGGGGUGUCCUUGAUCAGGGUGAAGGUGUUUUAAUCGUUUUUGAAGAUACUCCGCGCGAUAAGACUUACGAGAUUGCAUUAGAUACUAUACACAGUAUGGGGAAAGUCGUUGAUACACUUUACCAAAAAGCAAAGAAACUCACUUAGCCGUAUUUAAUAUAUAUUUCUACACAGUGUUUAUACAAACAUGUGUUAUACAAUCAUGUAUAGCAGAUUUAAUUUGCUGAUUUCAAAAGAUGGAUAUUGAUGUACAAAAUACGAAAUACAAUGGUAAUACAAUGAAACGA